GGCACCAACCAUAAAAAAGCCGAGAUUAAAAUGAAUAAAUCAAAAAUGCGGUAGAUUAAUAAAUGAGACUUAUUAAACGCACACUGUUUUUGAUUACUUUUUGAUAAUUGUUUUUACUUUAAAGUACAAUCGUUGUGCCUUUGAAGCACUAGUGAGUUUUUUAUUCGUGUAUUUUUGUGAUAAUAACCCCAAACAGUGUAAAUAAAGUGACGAAAAACUUAUGUUUAAUCAAUUUUGUUAUCGUAUUGAAUAUAAUAAUUGUUUUAAUAUUUUUGAAACACUUAAAACCAAGUUAAUAUAACUAUAAACUUUGAUGCCGCCAUCUGUUUAAAUUUGACUACGAGUACCAACAUGUUGACAGUUUGGAGUCAAUAAUUUGACAAAGUACCUUUCGUUUAAAGCGGCAUCAUCUGCCGCUUUCAGUUUUCAUCAUUGUGGGGCUGUCGAUCCAAUACCCCCCAUGCUUGGGGUGGGAAGCUUUAACGGAAGCGGAGCCCUGGUCCGGGCAUACUCCCCGGUGACGUUAAGCCAUGAAUGGCCCAAGAUCAGCCGCCUUCUUCUUAUGCUUUUCUGCUCCUGUUUCGGAUCCACCAUGAACGGUUUCUUCGUCGCUUCCUUUUUCAUAGAGCACACGUUAAGGAAAGCUGGAAACGUAUAUUUGGCAUGCGUCGGUAUGGCAGACCUCGUGAUGACCGCGGGUGUGACUUCUGUAUCUGCAGUCGUCAUACUUUCUGGCCAGUGGGACAAUAUUCAAGUCUGCAAGGCUCUACAGUUUCUUGGCUUAACGUCUACCUACUGCUACGGUAUCUAUUUCGCGUUCGUAGCAGUCGAAAAUUUUUAUAGAGUUUGCCGUACGCCUGAUGAAUAUGCUGUGUUCAUGUCUAUGCGGAUCGAUGUCGUAUGCUUAUUAAUCUUCUUCGUGAAUAUGGGACUCAGUGCUGCCGGCGUUUAUAUGGACCUUGACUAUGACUACUGUGAACGGCAACAUUAUGGCAACUUCUACUUCAGGAUUUUCACGACGGUUAUUGUCCAAGCAGUGCCGGCCGUCUUGACUGUGUUGUUUCUCUUUAUAUCCUCCAUACGAGUUAAGCGGCGGGCUCGGUCCCAAAUACAAUACAAACGAUCGCACCUCUAUGACCGCGAAUAUUCAACCACAUCAAUUAACACAACAGCUUAUAUAUUCUUCAUGAUAGCUUGGACUCCCUACGUCAUAAUCGUUCACGAAUUCCCUAACACCAGCGACGCUGUUUACUACAACAUGAUGGCCAUUGGCUUGUUCCGCUCCGCGUUAACCAGCUCCAUUUACGGUAUAUUCAAUAUGAACUUUCGUCGAGCGUAUGCGCAUCUUUUUAAUUACUGCUGCUGCAAAAGUUCCUUGUCAAGUUCGAUUUCCAAUCGGCCCAGGCGGGCAAUCGAAUACAAAUCUACGAUCGGCGAAGUAAGGGUCCAUAUUAUGCAUCAGGCCGUCACUAUGAGUCACUCACGCGUUACUUACUGGCAGGAGACUCAGGAAUUGUAAGUGCCAUAAAAACAUCCACAGU